UUUGUUUUUCGCAAAUUAAAUUGUUUUAAUUUGUGAAAAUGCGUAUCGAAACGUGCUACUUUUGCUCCAGCAAAAUAUAUCCCGGCCACGGGGUUAAUUUCGUACGAAAUGAUUGCAAGAUCUUCAAGUUCUGUCGUGGAAAAUGCCACAAAGCCUUCAAGCGCAAGAAGAACCCCCGCAAGGUAGGCUGGACUAAGGCACAUCGCAAGACUGCUGGCAAGGAGCUGGCCAUCGAUCCCAGUUUUGAGUUCGAGAAGCGUCGAAAUGUGCCCGUCAAAUACAGCCGUGAGACUUGGCAGAAGGCCCUGGAAGCCAUCAAGAAGGUUACCGAGAUCAAGCAGCGUCGCCAGGAUCACUUUGUCAUGGAGCGUUUGCGCAAGGGCCGAGAGAUUGAGAUCCAGAUGGAUGUCAAGAAUGUGCAACGCAACAUGUCGCUGAUUCGCUCGCCAGCCGCUGGCCUCAAGGAGCGCCGUGCCAAGGAAGAGGCCGAGGAGGCGGCUCUCAUGGACGAGGAGGAUCUGCCCGAAGAGAAAAUCACCUAUGUGGACGCACGCGAAUUGGAGAAGCGUCUCGAAGAGGGAAUGGGAAUCGAGGAUUUGGAAAUGUUGGAAGCCUAAGGACUUGUACACUGAUUUAGAUUUAAGCUGCUAACGAGAAUAUAGUUAACAAAAACCCCGUGGUACAUAAA